AUGGUUGGCUGUGUAUACAAGGUUGUUUCGAAGGUGUUAGUUAGGACGAUGCGAUCAGUGAUGCCAGGAUUGGUAGGGGAGACUCAGAGUGCUUUUGUGAAGGGUAGGAAAAUUCAUGAUGGGGCUCUCAUAGGAUGUGAAACAGUGCACUGGAUUAAAAGGAGGAAAAAAGAGGCAGCCAUUAUCAAGUUAGACUUCCAAAAGGCAUAUGACAGAGUCAGAUGGAGCUUUGUUGAUAUUGUGCUGCAAAAGAUGGGCUUUGGGCACAAGUGGCGAGCGUGGGUUAUAGAGUAUGUGACCACAACUUCUAUGUCGGUCUUAAUCAACGGCUCGCCAUCAAAACCUUUUAAAAGGCAAAGGGGCUUGAGGCAAGGUGACCCGCUAUCUCCAUUCUUGUUUGUGCUGGUUGUGGAUGUUCUGCAUCGAAUGGUUGGUGAGGCAGUUAGGAACGGAUGA